CCCUAACUCCUUUCCUUUUUCAAUUCAUUUUCUUCCCUUUCACUCAAGGAGGAAAAAGGAAAAGGGUGAUGGAAAACGGGUAAAAGCAUUGAUAGAUUCAAGUAGGGUUUAGAGUGGGGAAAAACAAAAAAUUUAUCAUGUAAAAUUAGGUCUUGAUCCUAUGAUCUUAAUUUUGGAAAGAAAUUUUGUUUGGGUCUUGGUGAAGUCCAGGUACGUAGACGAAGAAAAGAGGGUAAUUAUGUUAUUUCACAUUUAUGUUUUUUUUUUAAUUUAAAAAAUAUAAUUUCCUACUAUUUGAAUUGAAGCUUUCAAACGUUGAGAGCCUACAUGCAAGUGAAUGAGGCCACGUUCUAUUCCCCAAGGUUGAACGUGUUCAAGAAUUCAAACCCACCUUGCAUGCAUAACUAGAAAACCAAAUGUAAAAUGAUCCCUUUAAACUUCCACUAUUUUAGAGGCGUAUAUGGAUAGAUUUAGGGGAUUAACCUUUUCUACUGCCUGGUUUCUCUUCUUCUUCUUCAUCAUCAUCAUCAUCUUCUAUCCUCAAAGUCUGUGCAGUGAUAAUGUUGCAGAUGGACAGGGAGGACAAAACAAUGUUGAAACCAACAAGGAUGAGAAGCCAUCUACUUUAGUGAUGUUAACAGAUACACUGGCUCUACUAUCAAGGUCUCAAAUUAGUACUUGGAACAAAGCCAAGUCUUUCUUAAAUCAACUGCAGCUGCAUUUUUCCCCUCCAAAUUUAGACUUUAGGAGCAGAGAUAUAGCACAGAGUAGAAUGGGAGAAGGCGACGGCCCCGGAGGGAGGAUGAAAGAGGCGGCGGAGGAAUCUACAAAAUCAGCCGUGGCAGCGGUGGAGGAAUCUGCAAAAUCAGCAGCUAAGGUGGUGGAAGAAGCAGUGCAAAUGACGGCAGAGAAGGUGAAGGAGACUCUGUCUAGCAACCAAGAGUCUGAGGCAGAGCUUUAAUACAAAAGUAAGGUCGUUAAUUUAUAGAAUUUUGCUCAGGGUUUUUAGAAGAAUAUGUAUUGAUUUUGUAGUAAUUAAUGAAUCUGCUAAACAAGUAUAAUGAUUUAAUUUUCGAUGAAUC